AUGGGAGUCUUCAGACAGAUAUACUGUGCCGUAAUCGUGGGCUGCCUCUGUUUGAACCUCGGCCUCAUACUCGCCUGGCCCUCGUCCACAAUAAGCUUGUUCUCUUCUGUCAACACCACUCUGGACAGACCCAUGACCGAAAUGGAGAUAACACUUCUUGGAAGUUUAUCGAGCAUCGCAGCUGUCAUAGGAACUCCUCUCACUGGCGUCUUGUUGGAUCUACUGGGAAGGAAAUAUUGCUGUAUUUUAUUUUCUCUGGCUCCAGUGGUGUCGUGGUCGAUCCUGUCGUUCGCUCGUCGCGUGGAGCUGGUCCUGCUGUCUGUGUUCGUGUCAGGCCUGGUGGGCACGUCCUUCAUGAUCGUUCCUAACUUCAUCAAUGAGUUCAGCCAGGAGAGCAUCCGCGGCACUCUCACCGCCACCGUUAACAUAUUCUUCGGUCUCGGGAUCAUCGUCUCAUAUUUCCUCGGAGGGUUUUGGAGCUACGACGUUCUGAAUUAUGUGUACCUUACGAUAUUUACAGUCACUAUUAUUUUGUUGGCCCUGGUGAGAGAGUCUCCGGUGCAUUUGAUGAAAAAGGGCUUAGAAAAGGAGGCAGUCGAAUCGAUAUGUUUCUAUAGAUCUGAAAAACCGAACUCUAAAAUAGUUCUCCAAGAAAUUGAUAAUCUAAGAAGAAAUUUAAAUCCACAGUUCGGAGAUACACAACCCGAAGGAGAGGCGUUGAAACCCGAGAGUGCAAAAAAGCUCACAAAAUGGCAAUUCAUUCGUAAACAUAAACCCACGGUCCGUGGAUUUUUCAUCUCUUUCACUCUGCUGAACCUCGCAGUAUUUCAAGGACUCAUCAUAGUACAAGUGUACGCCCAGGUUUUACUCCAGGACACGUUACCUAGUAUCUCAGCUACUUGGACCACUAUGGCUUUCGGUUUCGUUAAUGUUAUCUCAGCUGUGGUCGCAGCCUACCUGAUCGAUGUUUUCGGCAGACGACCCGUCAUGAUCUAUUCGUCGUUGUUCACGUGUGUGUUCUGUAUCCUGCUCGGUUCUCAUCUCCAACUCCUCUGGGCUCCCUCCUGGCUCGCCGCAGCACUCAUCUUCCUCUACUGCGCGACCGUCACCUCCGGAGCGAACGUCGUGCCUUUCGUCGUUGUUGCUGAGAUGUUUCUUCCAGAGGUGCGCGGCGUAAUGACGAUGUUGAUCAUCGAGUCCGGAUGGAUUUUCAAUUUUUUGAUAUUAGUCAUCUUUAACCCUCUCCUGGCCGCGGUCGGAAUGGGUAUCGGUACUCCAAGGGGUACAGUUCCUCCCAGAUAUUCAUUCGAUCUUCUUUUAAAUUCUCGUGAAGGGACAGUUGGUGGUCUAUUCGUAAGUAUGUGCGUCGUCCGGGGCUGGCUGGUGGCCAGUGCAGGUCUGAGGAGUGGUUGGAGUCUCCGCGAGGGUUGGGGUCACUGGUGA